AUGAAGACGAGUAUUAUCAGUACAUGGCACUCCUUCGUAAAUAUCCCCAAUGCGAUUGUACCAGCUAUUGAAGAGGAAAUCCGGCGCAUGGAAAAUGGAGCAUGCAGCUCCUUUUCGGAUGACAAUGCCUCUCUGUCUGAAGCAGAGAGUGAGGACUCUUUCUUUAGAAACAGCUCACACAGAAGGCAAGGACCAUCCCAGAGGGAGCAGUACUUGCCAGGUACUAUGGCUCUUUUUAAUGUUAACAACAGCAGCAACAAAGACCAAGACCCAAAAGAAAAAAAGAAAAAGAAAAAGGAAAAGAAGAGCAAGGCAGAUGAUAAACAUGAAAAUAAGAAGGACCCAGAGAAGAAAAAGAAGAAGGAAAAGGAAAGAGAGAAGAAAAAGGAAGAUAAAAGCAAAGAUAAGAAAGAAGAGGAGAAGAAAGAAGUUGUGGUUAUUGAUCCUUCAGGAAACACAUACUACAACUGGCUGUUUUGUAUCACUUUACCUGUGAUGUACAACUGGACGAUGAUUAUUGCAAGAGCAUGCUUUGAUGAACUUCAGUCUGAUUACCUAGGAUACUGGCUCAUUUUUGAUUACGUAUCAGAUAUAGUCUACCUUGUUGAUAUGUUUGUACGAACAAGGACAGGUUAUCUGGAACAAGGAUUGCUAGUGAAAGACAAGAUAAAACUCAUAGAGAAGUAUAAAGAAAACUUGCAGUUUAAACUUGAUGUUCUGUCAGUGGUACCAACAGAUCUGCUAUAUUUCAAGAUGGGGUGGAACUAUCCAGAAAUUAGAUUAAACCGGCUGUUAAGGAUCUCUCGAAUGUUUGAGUUCUUCCAGCGAACAGAAACAAGGACCAACUAUCCGAACAUCUUUAGGAUUUCCAACCUCGUCAUGUACAUUGUCAUUAUUAUCCACUGGAAUGCUUGUGUGUACUACUCCAUCUCGAAGGCUAUUGGAUUUGGGAAUGACACAUGGGUCUACCCUGAUGUUAAUGAUCCUGAGUUUGGUCGUUUGGCUAGAAAAUAUGUCUAUAGCCUUUAUUGGUCUACACUGACUCUGACAACCAUUGGUGAAACUCCACCUCCUGUGCUGGAUUCUGAGUACGUCUUUGUGGUAGUUGACUUCUUAAUUGGAGUUUUGAUUUUUGCCACCAUUGUCGGUAACAUAGGUUCCAUGAUUUCCAAUAUGAAUGCAGCCAGGGCAGAAUUUCAAGCAAGAGUUGAUGCUAUCAAACAAUACAUGAAUUUCCGAAAUGUGAGCAAAGAUAUGGAAAAGAGGGUUAUUAAAUGGUUCGAUUACCUGUGGACCAACAAAAAGACAGUUGAUGAGAAAGAGGUCUUAAGAUACCUGCCUGACAAACUAAGGGCAGAAAUUGCUAUCAACGUUCACUUAGACACAUUAAAAAAGGUACGCAUCUUUGCUGACUGUGAAGCUGGUCUAUUGGUGGAGUUGGUGUUGAAACUACAACCCCAGGUGUACAGCCCUGGAGAUUAUAUAUGCAAGAAAGGGGACAUUGGGCGAGAGAUGUACAUCAUCAAAGAAGGCAAACUUGCUGUGGUAGCCGAUGAUGGAAUCACACAGUUUGUGGUGUUGAGUGAUGGCAGCUACUUUGGUGAGAUCAGCAUUCUCAAUAUCAAAGGCAGCAAGGCUGGCAACCGCAGGACAGCCAAUAUUAAAAGCAUUGGUUACUCAGACCUGUUCUGCCUCUCGAAAGACGACCUCAUGGAAGCUCUGACAGAGUACCCAGAUGCCAAAACUAUGCUGGAGGAGAAAGGGAGGCAGAUCUUAAUGAAAGAUGGUCUACUGGAUGUAAACAUUGCAAAUCUGGGCAGCGACCCUAAAGACCUGGAAGAGAAGGUCACACGAAUGGAGGGGUCAGUCGACCUCCUGCAAACACGAUUUGCCCGCAUCUUGGCUGAAUAUGAGUCGAUGCAGCAGAAACUAAAGCAAAGAUUAACCAAAGUGGAGAAAUUUCUGAAACCACUUAUUGAAACAGAAUUUUCAGCUCUUGAGGAACCUGGAGGAGAGAGUGAGCUCACAGAGUCUCCACGGGACUGAAAAGCUGGACACCAGUGGAAACAUGCACAUCUCAGAAUCUUUUUGAGCACUUGACCAGAGACAACUGAAGAAAACUGGAAAACAGAUUCAUUUGGGAAAUUUUUCUAACAGAACAAUGUGUGUGGAUGGAUGAUGUGUAGUACCACAAUUAAAGAAACAUCUAACCCUGGGAUUGUUUUUUCACAAUGGGUCGUGUGCAAGGACAUGAACUGAUUACCUGUGUCAGGACCUGCUUUUUUUCCUCACAGAUGCUCUUUUUCUGUACUAAUCUUUGUGAAUCGGUAUGUCUUACUGUCAAGUCACUUGCAUUGUUGACUCAGGUGUAUUCAGUGUAACUGUGUGCACUGUG